CUCUGAAGGAGAUGGAGAUCCACCUCACACAAAAAACAACUAAGCGUUCGAAAAUCCAAUCAACUGAGACUCUUUCAAGUUCCCGAAUCCUUGAUACAAGAAGAAAUCAGGAAGAAUGUCGAGCACUGCUGGUCAGGUUAUUCGCUGCAGAGCUGCGGUAGCAUGGGAAGCUGGGAAGCCAUUAGUGAUUGAAGAAGUGGAGGUGGCACCGCCACAGGCAAAUGAGGUUCGUCUGAAGAUCCUCUUCACCUCCCUCUGCCAUACCGAUGUCUACUUCUGGGAAGCCAAGGGGCAAAAUCCUCUGUUUCCUCGGAUCUAUGGCCAUGAGGCAGGAGGGAUUGUCGAGAGCGUCGGAGAGGGUGUGACGGAUCUUGCACCAGGAGACCAUGUCCUCCCGGUGUUCACCGGAGAAUGCAAAGAAUGCUCUCACUGUAAGUCCGAAGAGAGCAACAUGUGCAACCUCCUCAGGAUAAACACGGACAGGGGUGUGAUGCUUAAUGAUGGCCAGUCCAGGUUCUCCAUUAAUGGAAAGCCCAUUUACCAUUUUGUGGGCACCUCCACUUUCAGUGAAUACACAGUCGUUCAUGUCGGCUGUCUUGCCAAGAUCAAUCCUUUGGCCCCUCUGGACAAAGUUUGUGUUCUCAGCUGCGGUAUCUCCACAGGUCUUGGUGCCACCUUGAAUGUUGCAAAACCUCCAAAGGGUUCAACUGUGGCUGUCUUCGGAUUGGGAGCUGUAGGACUUGCUGCUGCAGAAGGAGCCAGGAUUGCUGGGGCAUCCAGAAUCAUUGGUGUUGAUGUGAACUCUAAGAGGUUUGAGGAAGCUAGGAAGUUUGGGUGUACCGAGUUUGUGAACCCGAAAGAUCACAAAAAACCAGUUCAAGAGGUGAUUGCUGAAAUAACUGAUGGAGGGGUGGACCGGAGUAUCGAAUGUACGGGAAACAUCGAUGCCAUGAUCUCUGCUUUUGAAUGUGUUCAUGAUGGUUGGGGUGUUGCUGUUCUUGUGGGUGUACCUCACAAAGAUGCUGUGUUCAAAACCCACCCCAUGAAUCUAUUGAAUGAAAGAACUCUCAAGGGUACCUUCUUUGGCAACUAUAAGCCUCGCUCUGAUCUUCCCUCUGUUGUGGAAAAAUACAUGAACAAGGAACUUGAGCUUGAGAAGUUCAUCACCCACCAAGUUCCAUUCUCAGAGAUAAACAAGGCUUUUGAGUACAUGCUGAAAGGCGAAGGCCUCCGAUGCAUCAUCCACAUGGAAGGCUAGAAUGGGAUGGAUGUUUGCUUUCAGAUCAAGUGAUUUCGAGUCCAAGUGAUACUAAAAUUACAUUAUGGGUUUUGGGUGUUUCUGAUAGAUGUUUAUGCCAUAUUUUGUGAACAAAGAGUCAUGUUUUCUUUUCUUAUGUUUAUUUAAUUUUGUAUUUGCAUGGAGAAGGAAAUGUAAAAUGUCUUGUUUUCUUUCUGAUAUGUGAAUAUCAGUCGUUCAGUUUAUGUUAACUCCUGUUGGGAGUAUAUAAUGAGAGUAGAGAAAUAAAAUCUUGACCUGCCCCAUCAAAUCUAGAA